AUGGCUGGGGAAGACAAUUUCCCUGAUGCAGAUACCUCAGUGUCUUUGCUGCUUCUUGGAGACCCUAGUUGUGGUAAAUCGACAUUCCUAGCCCGUCUAAAAAAUGGAAGGCCAUCAACGCAACCGGGUGCCAGCGCAAAUACUCUCGAACUAUUACGAGAUGGCGAUCAGCCUUUCAUUUACGAUAUCCGGUUCUCCAGGAAAACAUUUACUCUAGAGCUAUACGACACAUCUAAUCCCAAUCAGCAUUGGUCAACCCUCAAACCCGACGUGGUUGUUCUAGCCUUUGAUAUCUCCAACAGAGAAACACUGGAUGGACUGAAAGCGUGGCGAAACGAUAUCACUCGAUACUUUCAGUAUGGUCAUGGCGAGCGUCUACCCAUCAUGUUGCUGGGCCUGAAAAGGGACCUGAGGAGAGAAGGCCCAGGAAUCAUCUAUCCACAAGAGGCUUAUCGCAUUGCUCAAGAACUUCGUUGUGAUAGGUAUGCCGAGUGUUCGGCUGUGACAGGCGAGCUGCUUGCAGAGACGUUUGAAGAUCUCGCAAGGUUGGCGGCGAUGACGACUACUGAAAAGGGUGGGCAGAGCCCUGGUACUUCGUGUGUUAUCUUAUGA